CUGGCCUCCGACGGGUUCUCUCUUUGGUAUGCUGGGAGGCUUGGCGGGGCGGGCUUGAGCGCUUGCCGAGACGGAAUCCUUUUGGAUACCAUGGCGCCUCCGAAAGAACAUGUCAGCUUGCUUUUUAAGUUGUACUGCUUGACGGUGAUGACCUUGGUGGCUGCAACGUAUACAGUAGCUUUGCGAUACACGAGAACAACAGAAACAGUUUUAUACUUUUCAACUACAGCUGUCUGUAUUACAGAAGUUAUCAAGCUAUUCCUAAGUUUGGGCAUUUUAGCAAAAGAGACUGGAAGCCCGGGUAGACUAUUGACAUCUUUAAAAGAAAAUGUCUUGGGCAGCCCUAAAGAGCUACUCAAAUUAAGUGUCCCAUCUCUCGUCUACGCCAUCCAGAACAACAUGGCCUUCCUGGCACUUAGCAAUUUGGAUGCAGCCGUUUACCAGGUGACCUAUCAGUUAAAGAUCCCAUGUACCGCUUUAUGUACAGUCUUGAUGCUGAACCGCUCUCUCAGCAAACUGCAGUGGUUCUCAGUCUUUAUGUUGUGUGGUGGAGUCACGCUUGUUCAGUGGAAGCCAGCUCAGGCCACAAAAGUCCAGAUGGAGCAGAGCCCAUUGAUAGGCUUCGGUGCGAUAGCCAUUGCUGUUUUAUGUUCAGGAUUUGCAGGGGUAUAUUUUGAGAAAGUGCUAAAGAGUUCAGAUACAUCUUUAUGGGUCAGGAACAUUCAGCUGUACCUCUCUGGGAUUGUAGUGACCUUGGUUGGUGUCUAUAUGUCUGAUGGCGUUAAUGUAAUGGAAAAGGGCUUCUUUUAUGGAUAUACCCGUUACGUCUGGUUUGUCAUCUUCCUUUCCAGCGUUGGAGGUCUCUACACUUCAGUUGUUGUUAAGUACACCGACAACAUUAUGAAAGGUUUUUCUGCAGCCGCCGCCAUCGUUCUCUCUACCGUUGCCUCGGUCCUCCUCUUCGGCUUACAGAUAACCAUCACCUUCUCUCUCGGUGCCCUCCUUGUAUGCAUCUCAAUAUACCUGUAUGGACUGCCUCGACAAGACACCACAAAAAUCCAGCCAGCAGAAGCAAAAGGGUCAAAAGAAAAUCUUAUUAGCGUGUGAUGUUUUGCAUCAUGAAGAAUAGAAAAAGACAAUCUAAAGACUUGACAUGAGUGUUUGUUCCUUUUUUU